AUGUCGGAUAAUAGUGGAACAGUUGUAACAAGGGCAUCGACACCGCGCCCAGUGCCUGACAGUCCAGUUAACGCGCCUUUGAGAUCAAGGCAUGAUCAAUUCCUGGCCAGCUCAGCCGAAAGAGCGCAGCGUCCUUCAUCAAAUGGGCGUAACUCUGGAAGUUUCGAUUCACCGCCUCUGCCAUACCAUCGGCAGAUGACAGGGACCUUGUUGACAUCAGCACAUCGUGAAUCAUCCGCUUUCGUCCCCGUCGUCCCGACCAGAGCCAUUCAUCCCGUUAUGUAUCCGAAUGAGAUGCAUCCUGCAUUAAUUCCCUCCGAAAUUAUCGAGAGAGAAAGACUGCUCGACAGAGAGAGGCCGGAACCAUCAAAAGGUUCGCCGGAUCGCGCGCCCGGCAAUUUCGGUAAAAGAAACUCAUUCGAUUUAAUGGCGAUGAUGGUUGAGAAACGUAAAGAGGUCGCUCUUAGAGAAGCAGCGGCAGCGAUGCUAUUACCUCACCAUAGAACACCAUCAAUGGACGGUAUGAUAUCAGAUGGGUCCCCACAACCUUCUAUAUACGGACCGCCUGGCGCGUUCCUCGGAGCCCCCGGACCUUCCCCGACAGCUGCGAACAGCUUCAAUUUCCCUGGUGCCGGUUUAUUCCCAGCUGGGGCGGGACCUCAUCAAAUGCAUCCACAUUUAGACAGAAGACUGCUCAGAGCGCCCGGUAGAGCGUCUAGACCGAAGAAGCAGUUCAUAUGCAAAUUCUGUAAUCGUCAAUUUACGAAGUCGUACAAUUUGCUCAUCCACGAGAGAACUCACACCGACGAGCGGCCCUACUCCUGCGACAUCUGCGGGAAAGCUUUCCGGAGGCAGGAUCACCUGCGAGAUCACAGAUAUAUACAUUCAAAGGAGAAGCCUUUUAAAUGCACAGAAUGCGGAAAAGGCUUUUGCCAGUCGAGAACUUUGGCCGUACACAAGAUUCUGCAUAUGGAAGAGUCUCCACAUAAAUGUCCCGUUUGCAGUCGCAGUUUUAAUCAAAGGUCGAAUCUCAAGACUCAUCUGCUGACUCAUACAGACCACAAGCCGUACGAAUGCAACUCAUGUGGAAAAGUGUUCAGAAGAAAUUGCGAUUUGCGUCGUCACGCUCUAACCCACGCUGUGGGUGACGUCCCUCCGGGAGACGUGCUCGAUGUAGGUGAAGAAGACAUCGGUAGACCCGGUUCACCCAUUGAGCCCGGGUUCGACGAUGAAGACCCGGAACUAUCGUCUCCAGAGCACUCCCCAGUUCGCCGAACGAGAUCAUCAUCGGUGGAGAGCAUCGGUAGAGAACAGAGUGAAGAACGACCUAGACGCAACUCACCGCCACCACAUAGUGUCGAAAGAACUCAUUGUCAUCACAACGAACAGACUAACAGAGCAAGCCCGUAUACUAUGAGACCCCAACACCAGGAUAAACAUCGUAUGUCAUCUACUGAUAUGUUCGAGAAGCGGAGAUACACUUCCGAAGAAAUUAUAGAAAAAGAAAUGCGAUAUAACGAUAUUCAAGAACCACCAAUCAGACACCCGCAGCUCCAAAUUAGAAGAGAUCUACACCAAGUGAACCCCCCCGAUCCGUCUAAGAUAGGACAGCUGUCUAGCCCACCUAUAGAUCCGGGGCCUUCUGGAAUGUUUAUCAGCCCGUUUAGAAAACGAAGUCACCCGCCCGAUAUCGGUGAGAACAUGAGAACCUGUGCCCAAAUUUAUCGAAGUCGGUCGCCUGAACCUACGAACUUAUCUAUGCCUCGACAACAAGUUGGCAACAAUGAUGUAGUUGUAGGUAUACCGCCACCGAUGUUGGGUAUGCCGUCUUAUCACAAGUAUGGCAUACCUUUGCCCCCGCCACACCCUCAAGUAGCUUACGGUUCUAUACCACAUACAAUUUUAGGGCCACAGCAGACAGUGGCUCAGGAUCUUAUAGUGAAACCAACGGCUCCUAAAGAUACCGCUCCUAGCACUACAACAAACGUAUCUAGCUGUAUUGAUGGCGCGCAUAGUUCAAGAGUCACAGAUGAUUUGGGGUCUAGCUCAAUAGCUAACGGAAUAAAGAAUAUUGUUGGCAUCCAGCCUAACACCAACCCGAAACCAGGAACAAGCCAAUCAAGCCGACCCAAGAAAGGUUUUAGUAUAGAAGAUAUUAUGCGACGUUAA